CGAGCCCACGGUUGCGCCGAGGGCGCAGCGCGAGGAGCAGGGGGAUGGGGAGGCUCGGGGCCUCGCAGCUGUCCCUGAGGCACGCUUCCUGGCGGAGUGGGGCGGGAGGCCACAGCCUCAGGGGCUGCUCUUCAAAAUCCCGUGCGGACUGCCGAGACGGUGCGGGCUACUAACGGCAUCCGCCCCUCCGCCUCCCCCUGCCUACUUGCGCUUCCUCUCCGCCCACCGCGCUCCGCGGCUCGGUCUCAGCCCGCGCUGUCCUCCUCCCCCCGGAGCCGCCGCGGCCCGCCUGCGCCCAGCCAUGGGGGACCUGCCCGGCCUGGUGCGCCUCUCCAUCGCGCUGCGCAUCCAGCCCAAUGAUGGCCCGGUCUUCUUCAAGGUGGACGGGCAGCGCUUCGGCCAGAACCGCACCAUUAAGCUGCUCACCGGCUCCUCCUACAAGGUGGAGGUGAAGAUUAAGCCCAACACGCUGCAGGUCGAGAACAUUUCCAUUGGUGGCGUGGUUGUCCCACUGGAACUGAAGUCGAAAGAGCCUGAUGGGGACAGAGUUGUUUAUACAGGCACAUAUGAUACAGAAGGUGUGGCCCCAACCAAGAGUGGAGAACGACAACCCAUCCAGAUCACCAUGCCGUUCACUGACAUUGGGACCUUCGAGACGGUGUGGCAAGUCAAGUUCUACAAUUACCAUAAGCGGGAUCACUGCCAGUGGGGCAGCCCCUUCUCGGUCAUUGAGUAUGAAUGCAAGCCCAACGAGACACGCAGUCUCAUGUGGGUGAACAAGGAGUCCUUCCUCUGAAGAUGGCUCUUUCUGAUGUUGCUGGACAAUCGCUUCGGAAAUCUACUUUUAGAUAACCCAGCACAAGCCUUCACCAAGGCACACCACACCGUUGCUCUUUCCCGUCGGUGCCAAUGACCUACUAGCCCCGAUUAUUUUGAAAGUGUAAUUCCCCUCUGAUGCAAUGUCCCCGACAAAAGAACGUGAUGUACCCUCCUGAGAAGAUCCCUUUCUGUGUCCUGUGUUGGUGCCCCUGCAUUCAUUUGUUCUCCGUCAUGCUGUUGGCUGCUUGUGGAGACCUCAGUGCAAUUGGCAGGCGUGUCUCAUACUUAAUGGUUCCGCUGAAUGACUGUGGUGUUCUGUUUCUAAGUGGAGUGAUUCCCCUUUGUUGUUAGCCGUUAAAUAGAAAAUAACAAUGUGUGUGGGUUCUCUCCCACGUGUGAUGUGGUGACAUGUGACUCGCAAUGUUUUGCAGCUCGCAGAGCAGGCUUUGUGAACAUGUAAUGCAAACAGCAGCGGGUGGGACUCAAAUGUGCUUCCUAGAAACUGCUCAGCUUUUCCAGGGAGGGAAGAUGACAAAGUAGAAGGAGAAAUAUUUAACAAGCAUUUAUAAUGUAUUAAAACUGUUUCACGUGACUUCAGGUAUUGUGCUGUGGAGAGGGGGAAGCAUGGUUGUGGACCCCUGUAAAAGGAGGUGAUGGGAGUUACAGGGUUAUCUCUUUGGCAAGCUACCCUGCAUCCGAACAUGCAGAUCGAUGGCACCCCUACACUCCCCUUCACUUGAACUUUGUAAAACUGUGUAUGGAACUGUAAUCAACUUUUGAUAUUUCUUAAUAAAGGUGUUGAAAAUCA